AUGUCCACCCUUCAAAAGCCCAAAUCAAUAUUAAAAAAAACCACUUCCUCCUCCUCCUCCUACCCCUCCACCACCACCACCAACCCCUCACCCACCAAAGCCGAGCGCGACCGCGAAGUAGCCCUCUACCACGCGCGCCUCAUCCAAGAACGCAAAGAAGUCGAGCUCGAAAUCCUCUCCUCCACCGAAUCACUGAUUGAUUUCCCGCUCGCCUCCUCUCCACCCCACGAUGCCUCGAACCCCGCACCGUCCGACGCCCGCGCCUUCAAAGAGAUGCUUCGACCCUUUCAGCCCAGCGACUACGAUGCCCUAAUCCUCGAACGCAAUCUCGAUAGUCGGUGCGGGUAUACCUUGUGUGCCAAUCCGCGGCCGCGAGAUAAUAAAGGUGGUCAGUGGAGAUUGCUGGGCAUGUCAGGGAAGGCAAAGGAUUUUAGGAUUGCGAAGAAAGAAGAUGCGGAAAAAUGGUGCUCGGAUACGUGCGCCAGGCGAGCUUUAUAUGUUCGAGUUCAAUUGAGUGAAUGUCCAGCUUGGGAGAGGAGUGGCGACAGCUCUGCUACGAAUAUAGACUUACUGGACGAACCCAAGACGGAGGAAGAUUUGGUUAUGGACGGAAUUGAGAAUUUGGACUUGAACAAACAGGAAGCCCAAGACAAGCAGAGGAAAUUUGGAAACCUUGCUUUAGAGAGGGGAGAGACUGGUCAAGGUUCAUCGAAGCAUGUCUCGAAUUUCUCGAUAGUUGAGAAAGAAGUCAAACAGAGUGAUGUCAAGCCACCGACAUUCGACUCGAAUGAACUUGCUGAUAGAAUGGAUACAUUACAUUUGGAUCUGGAAGGUCAUACGUCUACAUUUAAUCAUGGCAACAAGUAUGGGGAUUUGUUUGGGGAAGAUGAUGACGAUACAGAGAUGGAUACAGACUGGAAAAUAUGA